CGCUACGAGUGACGCAUGCGCACAUCGUUCACUUCCCGUUUCCUGACAGCUGCACAACAACGUCAGGAAGUCAUCCGAGCUCCUGUAUUUCACUCAUUCAUCGGAGCUUUAUUCUCUUCUGUCUCUCUCCGGGGUCUCUCCAUGCGCGCUCCCGGGUGUGUGGCGCUGUUGGUUUGGCUGCUGAACGAUGCGGCGGCUCGUCAGUUCACGGAGGAGGAGAUGUCUGGGAUCAGACAGCGCAUCAAGUCCAUGUUCUACCACGCCUACAACAGUUACCUCGACAACGCCUUCCCCUACGACGAACUCCGCCCGCUCACCUGUGACGGACAAGACACCUGGGGGAGUUUCUCACUCACUCUGAUUGAUGCUCUCGACACUCUGCUGGUUCUGGGAAACCGUACAGAGUUUGAGCGUGUGGCGUCACUGCUCCAAGACACUGUGGACUUCGACAUUGACGUCAAUGCAUCAGUGUUUGAAACCAACAUCAGAGUGGUGGGUGGACUGCUGUCAGCCCACCUGUUGGCAGGGAGAGCCGGGAUGGAGCUGGAGUCCGGUUGGCCCUGUUCAGGACCGCUGCUGAGGAUGGCAGAGGACGCCGCCAGGAAACUGCUACCUGCGUUUCAGACUCCCACCGGCAUGCCGUACGGCACCGUGAACCUGCUGCACGGCGUCAGUCCCACCGAGACGCCCGUCACCUGCACUGCUGGCGUGGGAACCUUCAUCUUGGAGUUUGCCACACUGAGUCGGCUGACUGGAGAUGCGACGUUCGAGAACGUGGCCCGCCGAGCUCUGAGGGCCCUGUGGAAGACCAGAUCUGACAUUGGACUGGUGGGGAACCACAUUGACAUUGUGUCCAAGAAGUGGGUGGCUCAGGAUGCCGGCAUUGGCGCAGGAGUCGACUCUUACUUUGAGUAUCUGGUGAAAGGAGCCAUCAUGCUGCAGGACGAGGAGCUGCUCAACAUGUUCCUGGAGUACGAUCGAGCCAUUCAGAACUACACUCGUUUUGAUGACUGGUACCUUUGGGUGCACAUGCAUAAAGGAACCGUCUCCAUGCCUGUUUUCCAGUCUCUGGAGGCUUUCUGGCCCGGCCUGCAGUCUUUGUUGGGGAACCUGGACAGCGCCGUGAGAACCUUCCAGAACUAUUAUUCAGUAUGGAGACAGUUUGGAGGUCUGCCUGAGUUUUACAGCAUCCCCCAGGGAUACACUGUGGACAAGAGAGAGGGAUACCCACUGAGACCAGAGUUGAUAGAAAGCGCCAUGUACCUGUUCAGAGCCACAGGUGACCACACCUACCUCCAGCUGGGCCUCGAUGCUCUGGAGUCCAUCGAGAGAAUCGCCAAGACGCCCUGUGGAUACGCCAGUGUUAAAGACCUGCGAGAUCACCAGCUGGACAACAGGAUGGAGUCCUUCUUCCUCGCUGAAACCAUCAAGUACCUGUACCUGCUCUUUGACCCCACCCACUUCCUGCAUGGCGGCGGGACGGAGGGAGAUGGGUCUUGGGAAGAGGGCGGUGAGGGGGGGCAGUGUGUUUUAGGUGCGGGGGGGUUCAUUUUCAACACGGAGGCCCACCCUCUCGACCCGGCGGCGUUGUACUGCUGCAGCCGCCACACUCAGGACCGACGGGAGCUCCGAGACAUCCUGAUCAACCUGUCGCAGCACGACCGCCAAUCAAAACAGCCCACCAAGGAGACGGAAGGCCCUGCCCCCGAAAGCAUUGCUCUGAAACCAGGCGAGAAGAAGACGCCCCCCCCGCUGUCCUGUCCCGUGCAGCCGUUCAGUGCUCGGCUCUCCAUCCUGGGACAAGUCUUCAGCGAUAACACCUGACACUCAGCAUCCUGGUUAAAUAUCUUGAUUCAGCCACUGAUCUGAAACAGUUGAUUUUUCAGCACUGGAGUUACGGCCGACACGUUUCCCGUCUCGCUGUUUUUCUCGUCACUUUAUUUGCUGAUGUGUGAAAAGACAUUUUCAUAGCACGUCAGUUUUCAGGGAACUCAGACCAACAGGCAUAUUUUAUUGUCAGACACCAGGACAUUUGGAAAUCACAGCUGGAGUUUUAGGUUCAUAUUUCAAAACCUGUUUCCAACAAUCAUUCCUAAAUAGACUGACCACUGUCUUUAGAGACGGUUAUGCUCUGUGUUGUGAUGAAGGCAUUCAGGACCAGUGAGCCAAGAACUCGACUCGAAUGUUCUCUGCUGACUGUUGCUCUAAUUUAAAUUGAAGGUAAAAUAUAUUUUUAUUUAUUAGAAAAGUUGAGGUGUUUUCAUUUGUCAUAUUCUUAUUUGCUUUGUGUCAGUGUGUAAUUGUUGUCUUCAUAGUGAAGACUGGGGAAAAAUAAUAUUUCCUUCUAUCCUGA